GCCGCUGGUGUGGACAUGUCCGCCAUGUUUUCCACGGUGCAGGGAUCAGAGCAGCCCGGAGAAACGGCCCCAACGUCCCGUUAAACCCGUACGCCGGUUACCGGAGCACCGGACACCGAUGAGCUCUGCUGCGGCGCCAACAGUCGCGUGCGGAGCCGAUUGACGCCGGUAUCGGUGCGGGGUUGUGGCGGGAGUCACGUUCCCUCGGACUGUCGCAAACAAUGAGUAAACUCUCGUUCCGGGCGCGAGCGCUUGACGCCGCCAAACCGCUCCCGGUGUACCGCAACAGAGACGUGCCGGACCUGACCGACUGCGUGUCCAUCAACCGGGCCGUCCCGCAGAUGCCGACCGGGAUGGAGAAAGAAGAAGAGCUGGAGCACCACCUUCAGAGGGCGAUGUCGGCCCAGCAGGUGUUCAGGGAGAAGAAGGAGAACAUGGUGAUCCCUGUCCCUGAAGCAGAGAGUAACACCACCUACUACGACCGUCUGUACAAAGGAGAGGUCAAAGUUCCCAAACAGCUCAUCCACAUUCAGCCUCUGGGUCUGGACCAGGAGCAGCCAGACUAUGACAUGGACUCGGAGGACGAGACGCUGCUCAACAGACUCAACAGAAAGAUGGAGAUCAAACCUUUGCAGUUUGAGACCAUGGUGGAUCGACUGGAGAAGGCCAGCACACACCAGCUGGUGUCUCUGUCAGAGGCGAAACUGCUUCUGAAUGAGGAUGACUACUUGCUGAAGUCGGUGUAUGAUUACUGGGUGAGGAAGAGGAAGAACUGUCGGGGUCCGUCACUGAUUCCUCAAAUCAAACAGGAGAAGAGAGACGGCUCCACCAACAACGACGCCUACGUGGCCUUCAGACGGAGGACCGAGAAGAUGCAGACCAGGAAGAACCGUAAGAAUGACGAGGCGUCGUACGAGAAGAUGCUGAGGCUGAGGAGAGAGUUCAGUCGGACUGUCACCAUCCUGGAGAUGAUCAAGAGAAGAGAGAAGUCCAAGAGGGAGCUGCUGCACCUCACUCUGGAGGUGGUGGAGAGGAGGUUUCAGAUGGAAGAUUUCAGCGGAGACACUCUCAAAGAGGUUUCACAACCUCUGCUGGAGAAACACGUGUACAGCACCCCAGUUACUCUGAACAACAGCAACAAGAUCAAGAUGCAGAAGAAGCAGCUCUUUGUCAAAGACGAGCUUUCCUUUGACCUGCUCAGGCCAAAGAAGAAGAACGUGAGACGGGACAGGUUGUGUCCUCCACAGAGACGUCCCGGUCGCCCUCUCGGUCCCUUCACCGUCAACAAGGCUGACAUCAAACAGUAUGACUUCCACAGCUCCGGAGAAGAAGACAGUCCUCCACCACCACUGUCUCCUCCGUCUUCACCUGAUGAGGAAAAUAAUCCUGAUGGAGUUUUUGUCUUCAGGAGAAAAGCUGGAUGUCAAUACCUCUCUCCUCGUACGGAGCAGACGGGUGGAGAGGAACAUCCAGAGCACCGUCACUCUCUGACUGAACUGAGUCUGCCUCCUCAUUGGACAGGACUGAGCCGGCGCAGGAUAGGACGAGGGGGCAGGAUCAUCCUGGACCGAGCCUCCUCAGGUCUGGAUCCAGCACUGAGGCAGCUGGACUCUUUAUCCAGGACCAGUCCCUGCCUCCACAGUGACCCAGUAAGAACCAGCGCCCCCUCCCUGACUGAAGUCCUCAACAACAUCCAGGCCCUGAGGAGGCUGUGCUUCAGAGCCAGACCGCUUCAGGACCAGAGGGAGGGCGGCAGGAGGACCACAGAGUCCUUCAUGGAGGACAGAAGACUCACCUGUUGUCUGUCACCCCACAGCAACUCAGCAGGAGGCAUCACAGAGGAGCAGUACCACAGUCACCAACAGCAGCUGGUCCAGAUGCAGAAGCAACAACUGGAACAGCUGCAGCGACAGAAUGUCACUGCUCCGUACAGACACAACACACAGUCAACCAGGUCCACUGACUCUAGUUCAAAGACUCUGGACUCUGCCAGUGCUCAGUUUGCAGCCUCAGCAGUGAUCAGCGCUCCUCCUCCAGCUCACAGUCACGUCAACAGUGAGAACAGACCAUACAAGGCCAGCGUCAACGGAGUCCAUCCUUCAGGUCCCUUCAGGCCUCCGUACUCUUCCUCCUCGUCUCUCAGCAGAUCAGGGCUUUCAGCUCGGGGGUCGCUCCACUCCUCCUCCUCCUCCUCCUCCUCCUCUUCCUCCUCUUCCUCCCAUCAGUCUCUUCCCAACCAGAGGAGUCAGGUGGGAGCUGUCUCCCCUGCCCAUCCCCACACUGCUCGAACCUCCGCACCCCCAACGUCUGCCUUAAAGCUCGCCACCGUCGCCGCCAACCUCGACCGAGUGCCCAAAGUCUCCACUGCCAGAGAUUCUCACGAGUCAGAGAGACUUCUGAAUGGAUUGUCGGAGACGACGCUGCCAAUGGAGGUCACAUAACAUCAUAUCCCAUCAUCCCCUGCUCCUCCUCCCAUCACCUCCUCCUCCACAGUGUCUGACCGGUGAAUGUGACACGCCGUGACCUCCAGAAGAAGAAGAAGAAUCAGAACAUUUUAGUGUGGACGAUGAUAUUAUUAUUAUUGUUAUUAUAAUUAUUAUUAUUACUGUUGUACAGUUUGUAAAUGUAUUUUGAUGUAAAAUAGGUUUUGUUUCAUCAGUUUAGUUUCUGAAUCAGAUUAUCAUCAUGUGACUGCAGAAUCAACUCUGAUUGGUUCACAACAAAUCCUGAAUCUUCGCUCUGAUUGGACCGUGAUGAGUCUGUAUCUUCGCUCUGAUUGGUUAUUUAUUUGUAAUGUUUACAUUUUGUAUUUCGUUAAAAAUCAUUUUCCAAAGAUGGACUUAAUUUGACAGAUGUAAGGAUGUUUCUGUGACGUCAUGAUUUAGUUCAUAUUUUUUAAAUGUUUCUUGAAGAAUCUCUCCAUGGCCUUCUGAUCAUUUACACCCACAUUGAAAUAAAGAUAUGCAUCCUGUAAAAACAGACGCGGAUCUGCAGCUGGAAUACAAAAGUUUUUUAUAUUUUUAAACUUGUCGGAGGUGAAGUCGGACAGACGCUGAUCAGAUGUGUGUGAACUGAAGCUCUGACAGGUUUCACUGUUUCUAUUUUGUCCGUCAGUAUGAAUCAUGAAGUGUGUGUGUCGGCUGGUUCACACACUCUGUUCGCUCUGUUUGUGUUUCAGAUAUAAAAUGCUGAGAAAUAAAAAUGCAUCACACUGA